AUGAAGAAUAUUGAGAGUGUUCUCAAUAAAUCCAAUGAAACACUUACUAAGAAGCCAAAUCGACCUGAAUCUCAGUAAAAUUAAAAGCUAGGCAAUACUUAAGGAGGGAAUACUUAGAAAAAAGGAGGAGCAAAUUCAAAACAAUAAUUGCAAAAUUAGGAGCUUGGAAAAGAUGUGAAGGAUAUUAAAACUCAUGAAUGGUAUCAAAUGUAUGGAGAUAUUUCUUCGAAAUUAGAAUCUCAGUUAGAAGAAAAUAAGAAAAUUUAAGAAGAUCUCGCUAGAAGAUAGGAUCGUUACCAAAAGAGAGAACUUGAGUAUAGAAAGCAUAUAGAGGAUUUAUAGAGGGAGCUUAGAGUCAGAUAUGGUUAUGAAACUGAUGCUUACUAGAAAAAUGAAAAAAUCAUUGGUGCUCUAAAGAAACAACUAGAUGAUAAUAUCGAUGGAAUUCAGCCAAAAACUAAGAAAUUAAAGGAGGAAUAAGAAAAGGACAUUGUUAGGAAAUUCAACUCUGAGCUCUCAAAAAUGAAAAAAAAAAUUGAAGAGAGGAAAACUUAAAAGGGCGAUUAAGCAGCUGAUUUGAAAGACAGAGAAAAUGAAUUGCAUCAUCAUCUUGAACUUAUUACUAAUAUUGCGCAGAGAAUUGACAAUGAAAACAGAGCUUUAAUGAAGAAAAAUUAAGAGUUAAAGCAUGAGUAUAAGACUUAAGAGGAUGAUAGAGAACUGCUAGUUAAAUAAUUGGUUAUGCAAAAGAAGGAAAAUGCCAAAAUUAGAGAAGAAAUUGAGUUCUAUGAAAGAAUUAUUGAGGAGAAAGCUGAAGAUGUUGAUGAUGAAGAGAAUAUUGAUAUUGACAAGAUAGAUACUGCGUCACAUGCCUACAAUGGAAUGUAAAGCAAAAUGAGUGGGAAGAGAGAUAUGAGUGCUGUCAACAAAAACUAAAAUUAAAGAUCCUAAUUAAAUACAAGAGGUACUAACAGAUCUUAAUCUAAUGCUAACUAAAUUCCCUAGUAAACUCAAUAAACUGGCCCAUUAGUAUACAUUCCGUAAAAGAAAGUUGAAUCUGAAGAAGAGAAAGUCAAAAGAUAUGAGAGAGUUAUAGAGAAGCUGAAGAAAAUGCUUGAUCAUGAAAGAAAAUCACUCAGAAUGGGUAGACUUUAAUACUAGAGAGAAAUGCAAUCAAAGACUGAACUUGAACACUUGCUCAGAGAAACUGUAGAAUAAGUCAGGUAGGAGAGAAAGAAUCAAAAGAAGUCCUAAUCAAUGGGUGGUGUUAAGUUUAUUAAUUCAGUAGGAGGCUAAAAUGACAACGAAGAUUUAAGUGAUUUGACUUAGUCUGAGAGAGAACGAGUAAUCGAGCUUCUUUUGAGUCAAGAGAGAGUAAUUGCGCUCUUAUAUGAAAAAACCUUCCCUAUGACAAGUGCUGAUACGAAUAAGAUGAAUUAUGGUGAAGGCAUACCUACAGGGGGUUAAAAUCAAAUGAGUUAAGGAAGCAGCUAAUAAUUGCAUGAGAUCUAAAACAAUUAAGAUGACGAAGAUGAAGAUGACUAAUGA